AUGCACUCCCUCUCGCGCUCUCUCUCGCGCACUCUCACCACAUUCUCUCUCUCGCGCACUCUCACCACAUUCUCUCUCUCUCGCGGACUAUCACACGCAUUCUCUCUCUCGCGCUCUCACGCGCACUCACACGCGCUCCCUCACGCGCUCUUUCAUGCUCACUCUCACGCGCACUUUUACGCACUCUCUCCUGUGCUCUCUCACGCGCUCUCUCACGCGCUCUCAUGCGCCCUCUCGCACUCUCUCACGCACUCUCUCACGCGCUCUCUCAAGGCACACUCUCACGCACUCUCUCUCUCGCGCUCUCUCUCACGCAUUCUCACCACGUUCUCUCUCUCACUCGCACUCUCACGCGCACUCUCACGCGCUCUCUUUCGCGCUCUUUUUCCCGCAUGCUCACGCGCAUUCUCUCUCUUACGUCCUUCUCUCGCGCACUCUCACGCACAUUCUCUCUCUCAAACACUCUCUCACGCGCAUUCUCUCUCUUACGUCCUUUCUCUUGCGCACUCUCACGCACAUUCUCUCUCAAACGCUCUCUCACGCGCACCCUCACACGCUCCCUCACACGCUCUCUCACGCACUCUCAUACGCGCUCUCUCACGCGCUCUCACACGCGUUCUCUCACCCGCUCUGUCAUGCGCACUCUCACACGCUCUCUCGCGCUCCCUCACGCGCUCCCUCGCGCUCUCUCUCGCGCACUCUCACCACAUUCUCUCUCUCGCGGACUAUCACACGCAUUCUCUCUCUUGUGCUCUCACGCGCACUCACAUGCGCUCCCUCACGUGCUCUCUCGUGCUCACUCUCACGCGCACUUUCACACACUCUCAUGUGCUCACGCGCUCUCAUGCGCCCCUCUCGUGCUCUCUCACGCACUCUCUCACGCGCUCUCUCAAGGCGCACUCUCAGGCACACUCUCACGCACUCUCUCUCGCGCGCUCUCUCUCUCGCACUCUCACCGCGUUCUCUCUCUCACGCACUCCCUCACGCGCUCCCUCACGCGCUCCCUCACGCGCUCUCUCACGCGCUCUCUCACGCUCUCUCUCACGCACUCUCUCAUGUGCUCUCUCACGCGCUCUCACGCACGCGCUCUCUUGCGCUCUCUCACGCGCUCUCUUGCGCUCGCGCACGCGUUCUCUCACGCGCUCUCUCACACACUCUCUCACGCGCUCUCUCACGCGCACCCUCACGCAAUCUCUCAUGCGCUACCUCACGCGCUCUCUCACGUGCUCUCUCACGCGCUCUCUCAUGCGCUAA